UGCCGCAGCUGCUGGCUGCUGCUGAUGUCAUUAUUUGCAGUUCGUUGCCAGUUGAGGGACUGGUAACAACAUUACAUUACAUUUGUGUUGAAAUCUUUUACAGUAAAAUACCUAUAAAUAAAUAACAUUUCGUUGCAUCACCUGAUAUAAAUUGAUAUUGUUCAGUGAAACGUGAUGUUUAAGUAGUGAAAAAUGGAAAUGUGUAUAUAGUUGCAAAUACAUCCAAUGCACUGUGCAUUGGAUUCUGUUAUUUCUAGUCAAUAACGUAAGAAUACCGACUAUGCAGAGUUGGUUUUUCUUACAAGGUCGUAAGAAACAAAAAAAUAUACCCCAAAAAAAUAUGUCUCAUAAACCACCAAAAGAAGCUGCCGAGGUGCUUUCCCAAGAUUGGGUUUUUACUGUGAGUGCGCCUGAUGUAGCUGCCAAGGAGAAGUUGUUUAUAACGGGUAAUAUUCCCGAACUUGGCGAGUGGGUGUAUAACAAAUGCGUGCCGAUGGAAUUCGAACCAGGGACAGAUCAAUGGACAAAGACAGUGACUAUCCCAAACACUUGCGAAGUGUUGUAUAGAUACGCGAUAUGCGUGGUACUUGAAGACACUAACGAGAUCAUCGUGCGGCGCUGGGAGACCAAUGUCAAACCGAGGGUGAUCACAGAGAACAUGCUACACCCCACUGUUGAUGUUUUCGGCGAAUAUGAUGAGAAGAAAAUGGUUGGUAGAGGAUGGCUAACAGCCCAGUCUUUAGUACAAUUCAAGUUCCUCAAUAAUCCUUUAAAACUAAAAAGCCGUAAAGGAAAUAGAAACAUGAACAUAAAGGUUACUCCAGUUAAACUGUCAUUUGGAACAGAAGCAGUUGUCGAGGACUCAUCUGUUAGCACUGACAUUAUGGAGGCUACUGAGGUGCCACAAGGAGUGUAUGUGGAAGUGUCUACUCUGGAUAAUGAUACAACAAUCUGUUCUGCACAUCCCCAGGAUCAGUUUGGCAGAGAAUAUAAACCAAAUGAUAUUUUAGUUAUCAAUGUCUUUGCACCUCAACCCAAAAUCCUGGCUUAUUUAGUUGAUUUCUACUCAUAUAGCUCAAGAGCUUCAACUGAGGAUCCACCCUAUCAUGUGGGCUAUACAUAUGUUUUGCCCAAUAUGUUCAAGCCAUCAGAAGGUACUAUGGAGCUACCUGUUACAUGCAAUGUCAAACACAGACCGCUCGGCACAAUUUCUAUAGAGUACCUGAUUGUUAACCCUAUGCCUGAGCAGCUCUGUGACUUUGAAGUCACAUUUGCUAAGCACUGGAACGCAUCAUGGACUGGGUUAGAAGUUGGCCAUCGAGGACUUGGUGCAAGCUUCAAAACAAAAGAAGGAAAUGCUAUUCGUGAAAACACUGUAGCAUCUCUUAAAAAGGCAGCUGCAAGUGGUGCAGAUAUGCUUGAAUUUGAUGUUCAGCUAAGCAAAGACUUGAUACCAGUUAUUUAUCAUGAUUUUUAUGUGUGUAUCUCAAUGAAAAGAAAGAAAGAAAUAGACUUCUCAGAAAUGCUAGAAUUGCCUGUGAAGGACUUCACCUUGGAACAUCUUCAGAACCUUAAGGUGUACCAUUUGGUAGAAGGCCGUAAUCAUGAAAUGUUAUUUAAUGAUGAAGAAUUAGAAGAGCAUCAACCAUUUCCAACUUUAAAGCACAUCAUGGAUUGUAUAGAUAUACAUGUUGGUUUCAACAUAGAACUCAAGUGGACCAUGGAAAUGGAUGAUGGGACCUUUGAGUUGGAAAAUCCAUUUGACAUGAACACCUAUGUUGACAAGGUAUUAGAUGUGGUAUUGAAACACGCCGGAGAGCGUCGCAUAGUAUUAUCAUGUUUCAACCCUGACAUCUGCACCAUGGCCACCAACAAGCAAAACAAGUAUCCCGUUAUGUUUUUGACGCAAGGUGUGACUAAAAAGUACCAGCAAUACAAGGAUCCCAGGUGCUUGACCAUACCUGCCGCAGUGCAGAGCGCAGUCAGCUCGGAUAUUCUAGGCAUCGUCGUUCAUACUGAAGACUUGCUCAGAGAUCCAACGCAGGUGAAGUUGGCGACGGACGCAGGCCUAGUAAUAUUCUGCUGGGGAGAUGAGAAUAACGACAAAAAUACUAUCAUGCAGCUCAAGGGGAUGGGGUUGCACGCCGUCAUUUACGACAAGUUAGAUCAAUACACCACCAAAGAAGUAAAGGAGAGCAUAUUCCUGGUGGAGGCUCGCCUGUCGGAGCGCGAGCUGCUGCAGAUGGCGGAGCUGGAGGAUGAGCGGACGGAGAGCAGCGGCGCGGCCUCGGUCGGCACCUCUGAGAACGCCGUGCGGCCCUACCUCGACCUCACCGUGCGCGACCGCCUCAAGGACCACUCCACCGUCACCUCCCUAGAGUCGCUCGCCUCCUCCAUAGACCUCCGCGAUGACGCCUCCGACAAAAACCUCCGCGAUGACGCCUCCGACAAAAACCUCAAACGCAACAGAGACGAUGCCAUUUCCAACUACCAAAAGGAGUGUCAGGUGAAAGAGCAACGAAAUAAUUUCCACGGCAUAUUUCCCUGUGGUGAUACCUCCAAGGGUUCCCCUAAAAAGAGCCGAAACAAUUAGUACUUUCCUUAGAUCCAAUCAUAUUUUCUACACUUUAUUUUGCUCAAUCUAUACCUUUUUUUAUUAUUUACUUACGCCACAUAGUAAAUUAAUCACGCAUGACAUUUCUUAAAUAUAAUGUUCGUUAAAAUCAUCCAUUUGCUAUUAUAGUUUUAUUAUUUACUCAUACAUUUUCGAUAACGUAUUUUCGUAUUCAUACAAUCGUAAGAUUAUGUAUUUGUAUCCAACGAGAGGCUUGCAACUUAAGUAAUUAAAAUCUUUGUAAUAUUUUAUAGACAAUAUUAAUGGGCAAAGUAGUGUUGCGUUUCGAUAGGCCACUAUCGGUAGUUUAAAAGAAAACAAUAGUAUCGAUAAGCUAUAUUGUCGAUGUUUCCAUACUAUCGACAGUGUUGCUUCUGACUGUUGCAAGAACAAUCGAUACUAUCGACACUAUCAAUAGUUUUGAACUAUCUGUAGUCUUGGCAGUGGCGGCUUUAGGGCGGUGCGAGGGGUGCGAUUGCACCGGGCGCCGUUUUAGGAAGGCGCCAAAAUCAACCAGAAGGGACCACCCUAGCUGGCAGCCCCGGAUCUACAGGGGAGUAACUGGAUUGGGCACACCUGCCCUGUGAAUUAGACCUCUUAGCGGCCACAUAAAACUGAUACAUCUAAUGGGUGACCGAAAACGACAUAUUCAAAAGAUUUAAUUAGGUAUAUUUCGGUGGCCGUAAACUAAUUGAAACAUAAGCCCAUAUACGUUCCAGUCCUGGGCACAGGCAACCGAAUGGGGUAUGGAGCAUACUCCACUGCCGAACGAAAUACUGCCAAACUAAUCGAAAAAUAAAAACUGUAUUUUGAGAAGCGCCACACUGUGAGGACUCGCACCACCUAAAUAUUUUGCUGGGGCCGCCACUGAGUGCUGGCAAUAGUCGGAAGCAAUAAGUACUAUCGAUAGUAUUGAUCUAAAUGAGCUAUCGAUGAUUUUUACAAUCGAUAUUUCUGCAACAGUAGGGCGAAGUAAAUUCUUUUCAAACAGGGUACAUUAUUUAAAGGAAAUAUUAUGUAGACUAUUAGAGACACAAAAAAUAACAUAAAGCUGAAAUGUUACUGGGGGGUUAAAAGGCCACAUCGAAGCAAGCUAAAAAAGCAAUAUUGCAUUUUGUCAUUUGCGCAUAUAAAAGUAAGUGCGCAAUACAAAUGUCAAAUAGCAAUAUUGCUUUUUUAGAUGAAUCGCUUCGAUGUGGCCGUUUUAACCCCCCUGUUCAACUACUGUUUAAAAACAAUGCAAUUAUUCAAUGCAAAUUGAUUAAAUUAAUACCUUUACAUUUAAUUUUUAUUGUGAAACUAGAUUGUAAAUUCAUGGACUCGUACCUCUAAAGGGUUUAUUUUUGUUUCUUAUAUUAAUUUCAAAUUUGUACAUAUAUAUUAUUGAUUUCAAACAUUCACGAGGUGCCACCAAGUGCAAUGCAUACGUGAUGACGUUUUGUGUUAAACACGGCCUUUUGGAAAUACGUACGAUUUAUUAUGGUUCUUGUAUAACUUGUGUGGCACAGUGGCACUACAGUCUGUGAUAUAUAAGAUAACAACAGAAAAGACGGACGAUCAAGUUUUAUUUUAUAUAUUUUUAUUUUACAUUUUACCUGUGUAUCCAAAAUUAAACUAAAUAUGAAAAAGC